AUGGACGAGUUUUCCACCCCCCAGAUCUUGCUUCACCAGAUUAUUGCCAACCUUGUUAUAUACCGUAUGGUUGAACGGAAUGAUCUAGCCCAUGGAGACCCAGAUAUUCCAGAACUGAGAACGAUAGAUGCAUGCCCAAUUUCCUCACCAGGCGAAGGUGUGGAUAUUCUGCACUAUGGUAAUUCUGCGCCUGGUGUUCGCGUUAAACCAGGCACAGAGCUUAGAAUCCUCUGUGUUGGUGAUUCGAUUACUGUUGGAUUUCUAAGCGACAAGAAUGGAGGAGACGGCAAUGGCUAUCGGCUUGAGCUGCGCAAUGAUCUCUCCAGCGACAAGGUUGAUUUUGCUGGUACCGAGACUUCUGAUGGUUCAAUGAGUGAUGGAUAUUUUGCUGCCUGGUCUGGAAAGACCAUCAAGUACAUCGCGGAUCAUGUUGGCUCAUCCCUGGAGAAGCGGCCAAAUAUCAUUCUUCUCCACGCUGGAACGAACGACAUGAACCCAAACAGUGCAAUAUCGACAGAAGGCAAUGAUCCACAGGGGGCUGCGAAUCGUCUCGGUGAUCUGGUUGACCAAAUGGCUGCUCAUUGCCCUGACGCAAUCAUUCUUGUUGCUAUGAUUGUCAACACAUGCGACCCUAACCAAUCCCAACGCACCAAAGAGUACCAAGCUCUUGUGCCGGGUGUUGUGAGACAGCGUCGCGACCUUGGCCUUCAUGUGAUUGCUGUCAACUUCACUAGUUUUCCCACCAGUCUUCCCCAAGAUUGUAUCCAUCCCACCAACGACGGGUACAAGAAAUUUGGUGACUACUGGUAUGACUUCAUCACUCAGAUACCAAAAGAUUGGAUCAAAGAUCCAGUUGGAAAUGAUCCGGCUCGAGACGAAGGGGCCAGCGCGAAUGGUGGAAUUGAUACAAAUAUUCCGCUUCCAAACUGGGGGACCAGUCCGGUUCAGUCAACAUCGCCGGCGGAUGUUAAGCAGGCAUUUGAUCUGGCCCCCAAACAUAACGACACUCAAUGUAAUGCUACUCCUAUUUUCCAUGCAACUGGCCAGAUUGCCCUUGGAGUAGGUCACAAUGGGGAUUGGAAGUUCCACAAGAAUUGGACAGCGGCGGGGAAGCUGGCCGAUGGACUUGGACUUGAUCCCAGAUAUGUCAGCCUGCAUGAUAUGAAUGGUGAUGGGAAAGCAGACUACAUUUCGCUAAAUCCCCAGACCGGUGAGAUAAAAUGUUGGCUACACAAUCUUCCUAACCCUUGGUCGCCAGCUGGAACCAAUAAUAGCAUCAUUGGAGCAGGUGCAGGCCCAGCAGAUACGGUUUACAUUGCGCGCGACGAUUACAUCUACCUUCAUCCUAAUGGAGGCACAACAAUAUAUCGUAACAUGUACCGUCGCGAUAAACCUGGUCCAUAUUAUCUCGCCUUGCCUGAGGCGGACGCUUCCGGUAUCCACCAACGACCCGAAGAAAUUAGUUUCCAUGACAUUAAUCACGAUGGAAAAGCCGAUUACGUGUGGACAAGCGCCAUUGACAGCUCAGUCUAUGUUUGGUUGAACAACUACCCGAAUCUACCAGCAUGGCUUCCACAAGGCAAAAUAGUUGUCGGUGUAGGCACUUCUGGAGCCAAUAUCAAAUGGGGUGAACUUACAAGCUCGGGAUUCCCCGACUAUGUGGCCCUUAGCCCGGUUUCGGGGGCGUUUGCGGGAUGGCUCAACAUCUGUCCGGACGGUCAGAGCUCUCCAGGUCCCGGUCUGCAUCUUCCGCCGCCAGGAACAACAUGUACCGAGGAUAACGACUGUAGUAAGUACAACUGUGAAACAGGAUUGCAUAUUGGAUGCUUUGUAAAUGGUAUUGGUGGUAAUAAGGAGGGGACAUGCGAGUGUUUACCUGCUGAAGAUCAGGCUAGAAAGGCUAAGUUCAUGUGA